AUGCCGCAACAGAGAUCGACUCUAGGCAGUGCUCUUCUGAGGGACUACAAGACCCACCUCGAUCCGCUUAACACUGAUGAUGUGACCACUAUGCCUGAGGAGGAGAAGCGGGUGUCCGACACAAGGCCCCCCAAGCUCUCUGCAAUACAGCCUGACGUUGCUCAAGAAUCGAAAAGAGCCGGCCCAACUUCACCAUCUCGCGGCCUCCAAUCUCCCAAGCCAUUCUUAAAGACAGGAAUGAAACAAUCUCCAACACCCACUGGCUCACACAGGAGCAUCCUUCGUUCACUAGCAGCGCGUAGCUCACAGGAGAGCCUCCGUCAAGAUCGAUCGCAUGAAUCAGGAGCCUUGCCGCCAACAUCCUUUGCGGCGCGGUUUCUACAUACACCUUGCUUCUUGCAUCAGAGAUUCGAGGAUGCUGUCAAUGUAGACCGCGUACUCGAAGAGAUUGCUAUGGAUGACGAUGGAAUGUCUCAUACGAGACUGAUGCAGACUGCUACGAGUGUCAGGGAGAUUUCCAAGCAGCUUCAGCGUCGUCCGAUCAAGAGAGCUGUGAGAACUGUCAUGAUCGUGACAAAGGCCAGAGACAACCGGCUGGUUUUCUUGACCCGAGAGAUCGUGGCAUGGCUUCUCCAAAGCCCUCGAUAUGGGUCUAAUUCGGGUGUUACCGUCUAUGUAGACGCGAAACUUCGCAAAUCGAAACGAUUUGAUGCUUCGGGUCUGAUAGCAUCCAACCCUCUUUUCGAACAAAUGCUUCAUUACUGGACGCCCGAUCUAUGCAUAUCAUCUCCCGAAAAAUUUGACCUCGUACUCACCCUUGGAGGUGAUGGGACCGUUCUCUACACUUCCUGGCUUUUCCAACGUAUCGUACCUCCUAUCAUGAGUUUCUCUCUCGGCACCCUCGGCUUCCUCACGAACUUCGCUUUCGGCGACUACAAGCCCACAUUAGACCGUAUCAUGGAAGGCUCUGGAAUGCGCGUGAACAUGCGUAUGCGCUUUACCUGUACCAUAUACCGCGCCUCUCGUCUUCAGAGCCCAUCUUCGAAAGGAAGUAGCACCACAAACCUCUCAUCUGCCAUUUCGGAUAGUCGAAUCCGUAGUGAUUCCUCCACCUCUACUGCCACUUCACUAGCAGGUACACCACCAAGUACCACCGCUCCGUCGAGCACCACCUCCUAUCCACCCUCUAGUCCCUCGGAUCUCAUCCCAGAAUCCACUUUCGAAGUCCUGAACGAGCUCGUUCUUGACCGCGGCCCUUCGCCCUAUGUAUCAAACCUCGAGCUCUACGGCGACAUGCACCUUCUCACUAUCAUCCAAGCAGACGGCAUCAUAAUAUCAACCCCCACCGGCUCGACAGCCUACUCCCUGUCCGCAGGCGGACCGCUGACACACCCAUCCAUCCCUGGAAUUCUUCUCACCCCCAUAUGUCCGCACACCCUCUCCUUCCGGCCAAUGGUGCUAAGUGACACCCUAAUGCUUCGCCUAGUCGUUCCCCGACACAGUCGAGGAGGCGCUUACGCCAGCUUCGACGGCAAGGGGAGGGUAGAAUUACGAAGGGGCGACGAAGUCAGAGUCGAGGUGGGUAGAUACCCGUUCCCCACCGUAGUCGGCGAUAGCGGAACAGGCGGUGAAUGGUUCGAAAGCGUGAGACGAGCCUUGAGGUGGAAUACCAGGGGUGCGGUGCAAGGCGGGUUCGGGAGCAGAGUCAAUAGGGGCAUUGAUGAGGCUGAAGAGGAUGUUGGAGUGGAGGAUAUUGAUGGCGAGGAGCUGGAGGGGGGCCAAGAAGAGGCAUGGGAUAUCGAUGCCGAGCCCCUGGAUGAAUCUCAUAACUCGAGUGCACCAGAGAGUGUGGCUGGAGGAGGGAGUGAUACAGGUAGUGUGUUGCAUACGAGCCCCCGGAUCAGGAAGAGCUCGGCCUGGGUUUUAGAUUGA